AUGCCGGGUAACCCACUGAACCGGGAAGAGAUUCUCGCCCUGACCGCGGCAGCCAUUCCGUUGGUCGAAGGACAUAUAGACCUGGGCUCCCACGUUCAGCCCAACGGACUUGACCUGACACUGAAGGAGGUGGCCCGUUUCCUUUCACCGGGGCAGCUCGGCGCUUCGGAUGCUGACCGGGUGCUGUCCGACAUUGAGCCGCUGGCCUUCGAUGCAUCGGGGUGGCUGGAGCUAUCCGCAGGAGCCUACCUGAUAACAUACAACGAGGUCGUCAACCUGCCCACGGACCUGAUGGCGCUUGGGCGUCCCCGCUCCAGCCUGCUUCGCAGCGGGGUGUCGGUACACACGGCGGUGUGGAUGCGGGAUACCGGGGGCGGUCCCAGUCGCUGCUGA